GAAAAUUCACAUUUUAUAAACGCCUUUGCAAAUUACCUAAAAUUUAAUCCUUUGGAUAACGCAAAAUCCGGAGACAUGGAAGCAUUGAUCCAAUCCGCGUUCAUGCUGACCGAUAAAAAUUACGAGGAGAACGUCAUGCAAGUGGGUGAAAAAGAUGAUGGAGAACAGUUUGAAAAUCUAGAAGCUAAAAGAUAUCUUAACCCG